AUCUAUCUACUAAUAAUAUCCUGCCGUUGUUUCUUUGCUGGUCAAAGAAGUCAUUUUCGAGUCCGUUGAUCGGACACACUAUGUUAUUUUGAGAUACCCGUCCAGUUGGAUAUAAUACUGUCGUUGGGAUCAGGACAAAGCUCAUUUUAUCGACUUAUAUCAUAUUUAAUUUGGGGCGGAAAGGUGAUCUGGCAUCACUCACACCAUGGCAGACUCUCACCAUCGCCAGGUUGCGACUUUGAGCUCGCCUCUGCGGCUGGCCCGCAAGCCUUUACUUAAUACCAUAAUGGAAGCCAAUGAAAACUCACCCGGAGAACAACAGAGUGUGCGACAUGAGAUGACGAGGGAGAGUUUACACUCGAUUCAAAUUGCAAUGUCAUUUUCUCCAGAGACAGCUAGGCGGAUAUCGACUCCGGUCGACACAUUAUCCUCGAGUUCAUCCUCAUGUUCGGACGAGGAGUGGCAGCAAGGAUUACGACCAUUUGAUGAUCUUUACGAUGCAUCGGAUGAUGAUGAGCGAAACUGUCCUUCGCUAACCGACAGUCGACCUAGCAGUCUUGCAACCAUGUCUAUUAGAAGUUCGACAUAUUCAACUAACAGUCGGAAUCGAUACCCGAGUCUUAUGAUCCCCACAGCGAGCCUGUGGCCAUCGCUUGUUAAUCCUCAUAAGAGUUCUCCUGUCCCUCCAACUCCACCACCGAAAAUCCCAGUGUCGCCAGCAGCGCUAUCGAUGCUGCCUGGGAAUGUACCGGCAAUACAUGCUCCUCCUUCGUUGGAUGGGAGCUUAUCCUCAGAUCAGAUAUCGAAUAUCAGUUCUCCGGCCACGCCAGACUUACGCCCAGUGCGUGACCAUGAUUGGGACAAUGAAAUCAUUCGCGUACGACAGGAUCCCACUGCGCCUAGUAGUGCAGGCGCAUCCAGUACUGACUUGACAACUGACGAGGAGAGAGCAAUCGAAACAUCCGUCGAUGACUGGAAUCCUCUCCUCGAUAGUUUCCCAGCUAUACCUGCCGGAUUCGAGAGUCACGAGCCAGCAGUACUUUCGCCUGAUGAUCAACAUAAUAAUCCUGUUUCGCCCCGCUCCGAAAGCCCUGAACUUGAUGGAAUCACCCUACCCCCAGCUGCCAUUGCGACUCUUCAACACAUCCCACUUGAUUCCACGCCUGGCCCCUGGUCUGAAACUUCGGAAAAGAAUGAUGAAAUGUGGCAACUCGCUACACCACCGACUAACCGUCAACAACGGAAUAGCCCUCCUCCAGACGCGACACCCGAUUCUGAGCUGUCUGGUUACAGUUUUACGAAUCUCAGCAUCCCAUCUCCUGGGGGCUUCUUCUCGUCACUUGAUCCCAAGUCGAGGUAUACUUGGUCGUUGCCGAGUGUAGUCAAUCCACCAACUACUGCUGUUGCUGCAAGAUUUUAUGAUCUCCCCUGGGGUCUGGAUCAGGGUGAGGUUGUGGAACAGGUCGUUGAAGUUGCGGUGGACCAGAAUAUCGCGGAAGAUCAACCUACCGCUGUUCCUAUUACGGCUAUCAGAAUUCCCUCUGCACAGCACAAACGCAGCGACUCACAUGAUAGUUCAAGCCCCGUUGUCGCAGAUGUGGAGGAACUCGACCGCUCAGGAGUCCCAGCAUACGAAUAUGACGAAGCUUAUGACGAUGAACUAAAACGUCAAGCCGUUGCUAAUCUUGACCGAACUAGUGUGUGGUUGGCAGCUCAACAUUCAUAUUUGUCGGCUCUCAGCGAGACAAAUCCUGUCAAUGUGGUAGAGGCCAACAAGAAACCCGAGCCUCUCGAAGUUGAGAACCGCCCAGUUUCGUCAUCUGGACACUCACCCCCUCGCAAAUCCGUCCGGUUCUCAGAAGACGUACAAGAACUAACAAUGUCUCCUCUUCCACCACCACCAGAAGACAUGAGCAAAGAUUCCAUCUACUGGCGUGGAUUCCAGUUCGUUCUACAACAAUCCCGUCGACGAGAUGUUUUCUUGCAUAGCGAUAUUCGUUUCGACGCUGUGCAAUCUGUCCGACUUGGAUUCCCACAGAAACAUCGUGCUGCAUUGCUAGGCAAGUUCGAGUUAGAGGCACCAGAACGACCUGGCUACAAAGGACCGUUCUCGCAAGCACCACGGAAAUCGGUGCUUGCAGAAGUUCUCGCCGAACAAGCACUGUACUCGAAUCUGGAGAAAGAGCAGAUGGUUCUUUCACAGCUGUAUCAGUCCAUGUGGGCUGUGGAUGCCUCGCGAUUUUUGAACGGUGGUCGACUCAUUUCUCGACCAGCUGCGAAACGUUUAUCGACAAUUUUGAAACAAAUGGACAAUCCACAACUCGGUACUAUUGCCCCAAAGCGUCGAUUGAGGGUUCUCGACCUCGGUGGUCAAGCUACAUGUGGAUGGGCGUGGCAACUCGCGCACGACUACCCCGAUGUCAAGGUGUAUACAGUUGUUGGCAAGAACCAAGAAGUAAACAGCCACAUCAAGGGUCCCGCCAACCAUCGUCGCGUCUCGGUGCCAUGUUUAUGGAAACUACCCUUCCGCAACAAUCAAUUCGACGUUAUCUCUGCACGGUCAUUGCACGCUCUUCUCAAAACCGAGCGUCCCGCUGGGGAAGAACUCGAUGAAUAUGAUCUGUGCCUCAAGGAAUGUUACCGCUGUCUCAAACCAGGUGGCUAUCUGGAAUUCUUCACCAUGGACUCCUCAAUCGCGCGUGCCGGACCUUUAGGAACCGCAGCAUCCGUCGAAUUCACCUUCAAUCUCAAAACCCGUGGCUAUGAUCCCUCACCCACGCGCGGAUUCUUGAGUCGAUUGCAACGCUCCAAUUUCGCCGAUAUCAAACGUGCCUGGCUGUUUUUACCUAUGGGCAUUGAACCCAUCAAACCUGAACCAAUGCGCGAGACUCCUAACCCCCGAGUGAAAAGUCAGAUCGACUGCGAAGCCAUCCAGGGGCCUGUCGGAAGUACAGCUGACGUCGCUAGCAUGACCGGUUUGCUCGGUGGAUGGAUGUGGGAGCAAUGGUUGUUGAAGAUACAAAUGGAAAUGGGACGGGAAGAGAAUGAUUUACUCAAAGAUAUUGGGGGCGUGUUUGAUGAAGGGAGGAAACUUAAUGCUGGCUGGACUUGUUUGUCUGGAUGGGCUAUGAAGCCUACUAGGAGGUCAACGAUGAUGAUGAUGAUGAUGAAUAGGGUCUUUUUGCCCAACUUGAAGAUUAUUAUCCUAUGUGCCGGAUUUACGGAGUAUAUGUAUCUUUUCCUGAAAUUGUAUGCAGGUCACGUGACUCCAGAACAAACCAGAGCUACCCUUUCUGCUGCCCGCUUUCGACCACUUCAACCUAGCGAAACGAAACAACUUCAGCGAUUAUUGAGCAUAACGAUUAUUGCCAGUGGUAUCGUGCUGUAAGGGCUCUUCCCAAAUUACCGAAUUCACUUAAACGCCAAGAGAUGCAAUCAUCGCAGACAUAAUCGCAUUUUCAGUUGUUCAACUACUUUCCCCGCCCAAACCACAUUAUUUAAUUCAUACACAGCACAAGUCACGAUGUUGUUCUUCAGCUUCUUCAAAACCCUCACAAACCACAUCGUAACUGUCGAACUCAAAAACGACAUUCGCAUCCGCGGCACCUUGAAAUCAGUCGAUCAAUACCUCAACAUCAAGCUGGAUGACGUCGAUGUGCUGGAUUUGGAUAAAUAUCCGCAUCUGUCGUCGGUGAAGAAUAUGUUUAUUCGAGGGAGCGUGGUGCGAUACGUGGUUUUGCCGCAGGCGGAGGUUGAUAGAGGGUUGUUGGAGGAUGCGACAAGGAGAGAGGCUGCGAAUCAGGCUAGUAAGGCUCGAUGAAGGGAUUACGACGUACGGACCAUUACGAUAGAAGGGGAAUAUGUUACGACACGGUCGAACUCGCAAAGAGACCCGAAUAAUAAAUGAGGUUUCUACGACACCUGGGACUUAUGUUACAUAGCGCCAUUGCGCGAAAUGUUAUGAUACUUCGGACGCUGUGUAUGAUGGAGAGAUUAAAGGUUGAAUAUUCCGGUUACCUGGCCUGGAAUGAGGAAUGAAGAGACUUGUGUGUCUAAAAUUUUAUAUCCGGCGGAAAGCAUAUGAUGGCGCAGUUGUUAUUGCGGUUGCGAUCAUGUUUAGUGGGAGUCCCGGAGCAACUUAUGUUGGAAUAGACUCAAUUGACAGUGAUAAUGUCAGGUCAUUUGCGAGUCCUUUUAUACAGUUAAUUGUAUAACAACUACAAGUUUCAUCCCC